AUGGCAUCAGUAGGCUUCGGCACGGUCGCGCCGACCGUGGCAUCGCCGGCGGCCUGGACGACGAGUCCGGCCGGCCGCCGCGCACGGCACUCCACGGCGCACGUCCCUGCCGCGACCAAGGUCGUCACAGCGGCGUCGGCGGCGAAGCAGCAAGAGGAGAAGGGCCUGUUCGACACCAUCUUCGGCGCGCUGUACAAGGAGGAGCAGCUGCUGGAGACGGACCCCAUCCUGAACAAGGUGGCGGGCAAGGCCGCCGCCCCGGCGCCGAAGAAAGCCUCCGCCGCCGCUCCGGAAGAGAGCGGCGGCAACGGCGGGUUCAGCCUCGGCGGGUUCUUCUCCUCCAAGCCCAAGACCAAGAAAGGGUGA